AUGUCAGAUCCAAGCGAAGAAUCGGAACCCAUGGCCCCUAGAAAGAGGUCACGUUCCGGAAGUACAUCCAGCUCAUCGACAUCUGAUAGAAGAGUUGUAAAUUAUCAUAUGCUUUCUAGUUCGAAGUCGAAAAGUCGGUCAAAGUCAAGAAGUCGCAGUCGCACAUAUUCCCCAGACCGCGGUGAGGAGGGUCGUCUGCAUGUUGCAAACAUUGAUGAAACAAUUCGCGCUCGUGAUCUCGAGGACGCUUUUGGGAGAUAUGGAAAGUUAAAAGAAGUGUGGGUUGCAAGUUAUCCACCGCUGUUCGCUUUUGUUGUUUUCAAGUCCAAGUCUGAUGCGCAGGAAGCUAUGUCAGCAAUGAAUAACACAUAUAUUCGUAACUGUCGCGUACGAGUUUCAGUGGCCCUUCCCCGCGUACGCGCUUCAGAAAGAUACUCACGCUACGGCGGUUAUGGAGGUUACGGUGGCGGAUAUUAUGGAAGGUAUGGUGGUUACGGAGGGAGUCGUUAUGGUGACUAUGGAGGUCGGUAUGGUAGUUAUAGGGAUCGUGAUAGAGAUCGUGAUCGAGACAGACGGUGGGUGUAA